UACGCACUGGCUCCUCCGCGCUCCGCCUCUGCAGAAGCACCGCCUCUCCCGGGGGGGGGGGAUUUCCCACCGCUCCCCCCCCCCGUCUCCGGAGCCGUGCGGGCCGGUUCCCCCGCGCUCACCUGGAUGGGGGUCCCUCCGCCCUCCACCUGCCGGAGCCCCGGCGCGAAGAGGAGGCGCGCGCGGAUGGGUCCCCUUGGAGAGACCCGCGCCAGGCUGCGGGCGCUGCGUAAAUGCCCUCGCUCGUGGGCCUUGGGCCCGCCCUGUGCGCCAAAAACCGCGCUUUGCGAGCCGCGCAGGGGACCCGCCGCGCUUGCAAGGAGGCGCCCAACCGCAGGCCCGGACGAGCCCGCCUUCCUGCCUGCCCGCCCGCCAACGCCGGCAGCCUAGAAGGGGCCUCCCUUCCUUCCCUGCGAAUUGGGGAAGGGGCUUCUCGGGGGCUGUUUGCAAGAGUUUCUGGCUGGGCCUUAUCUUGAAUUCUCCAAACCACCAUGCCUGGUGAGAGUGACUGCAAGGACAGGAAACUUGAGAAAGCCGAGAGGGAUGGUGCUUCUGAGUUCGUUGUCCGGACCCGCAAAAGAAAAGCUGAUGUCGUCGUAUUUUUACAAGAUCCAGAUGAAGAUAUUCCCAGUAUAAAUACAACCGACAGGAAAUCAAAUGAAAAUCAGUCGAAUUAUGCCGCGUGUCCUUAUUCGCACUUGCUGAUCCCUACACCAGAAAAAGAUGAAGAACUUGAGAAUGCAAACAACUUCACAACUUCGAGGCAUCACAGGGUGGUUUUGGCUAAGGAGACACCGUUGCCUGUCUUGGGUUGGGCAGAUAGAGAUGAACUCUGGCAAAACAUGCUCAAUAAGGAACAGAAGUACGCAAGAGAUAAACUUUAUAUGGAAAAGCAUCCGCUCUUGGAACCUAAAAUGCGAGUAAUUCUCCUAGAUUGGCUAAUGGAGGUGUGUGAGGUCCACAGACUUCACAGAGAGACGUUUUAUUUAGCUCAGGAUUUCUUUGAUCGGUUCAUGGCAACACAACAGAAUGUUGUCAAGACGCUCCUUCAGCUAAUUGGGAUAUCGUCUUUAUUUAUUGCUGCUAAACUGGAGGAGAUCUACCCGCCAAAGCUUCAUCAAUUCGCCUAUGUCACUGAUGGUGCUUGCACAGAAGAUGACAUUAUUAGCAUGGAACUCAUUAUUAUGAAGGCACUGAAAUGGAACCUGAGUCCCCUGACGAUUGUGUCCUGGCUAAAUAUAUACAUGCAGGUCGCCUAUCUAAAUGAGAUUUGUGAGAUGCUGCUGCCCCAGUAUUCUCAAGAGAUAUUCGUGCAAGUAGCAGAGCUUUUGGACCUGUGUGUCCUUGAUGUGGGCUGUUUGGAGCACACCUACGGAGUCCUGGCUGCUUCAGCGUUGUAUCAUUUCUCCUCUCGCGAGUUGAUGCAGCGGGUUUCGGGAUAUGAACUGAGCGACAUUGAGAAGUGUGUGAAAUGGAUGGUCCCCUUUGCGAUGGCUAUCAAGGAAGUGGGGAGUUCAGUGCUGAAGCACUUCAGAGGAGUCCCUGCUGAAGAUUUGCACAAUAUACAAACGCACAUAAACACCUUCGACUUGCUGGACAAAGCUCGAGCCAAACAAGCUAUGUUAGCUGAGAAGAACAGAUGUUCUCCUUUGCCCGCAGGUGUGCUUACCCCACCUCAAAGCAGCAAGAAACUCUCUCGGACCUCAAAAUAGCUAAAGCUAUGGAAGCUGCUCCUUCUCCUGACCGGCUGCUUUUUAAAAAACACAACUCCCUGCUCCUAUAUUUUUAUUUUCACACGCCUGCAUUUUUGCGUGAUGCUGCCAAUGACUCCAGAUUAAUGCUAGAAUUUUGGGGAGGGGGGUGGAGGAGGAAAUUCUUUAUGUAUUUUUAUGGAAGAAACCGGCCAGAUUUUGAAAACUGGGUGGUUGUUGUUUUUUUCCUUUUCUUUUUAAUGGAAUGUCUGUCUUUAAAUGAACUCUUCGAAUAUACCAGCCGCCCCUCAAACGGGGGAUGUGCUUGGAUUGCUGCUAAGGAAAGAGUUGUUUUUGAUCGAAAAGAAAGAGGUUUGCGAAGCCCCAACAAUGCGCUGGUUGCAGUUAGCCAUGAAAGGCAAGCCUCUUUGCAGGCUUGAGUUUGAGUUUUGAGCCUGAUUUUGA